AAGAUCCAAGGUUGUAACUUGUAAGCUCGAAGGCAUCGAACCAUCCCAAGUCCCAACACACAACACUCGGAUUCAUUAAGGUACGCGUAAGGUAGAGACGUUCCAGUUUCCUAUCAGGUUCGUAUACAUCCACCACGACGCUGCACUUCUCUUUCACUCUCGCUGCCGCUCUCUGCUGUUUCUCAUCCGUAUCUUUCCCACAAGCAAACUCUCACUCCAAAAGCAAAUAUGGAUAUUGAAGCGAGUACAGAUUUGUUAAUGAAAGAGGAAAAUCACUCUCUGAAGUUCAUGAAUAAAUCAGAUGAUAAUUGUGUUAUUGUAAAAGCUAAGAAUGUCAAAGAGAUGCAACCACCGUCCACAGUGAUUUGUAACAAAGGGGCUUCUCUAGGGCCUAUCACUCCCGAUUCCAACAAAGAGUCUGCGGAUUUCCCCCUUGAUUUUUCAUCCCCACGUACAUUAGUUACUUCACUUCCCAAAGCAGUUUGUUUUGAUUCUCACCGGAAUGUUGACCGGUAUGCUUCAAAUUCAAUGGAUGAUGGCCUUCGCACGCCAAAGGAGGAUGUGUUUGACCCAUUUGCUCCUGGCCCAGACAAGCUCAUGUUAGCUCCCCAGUCCAAUAAAUAUCUGGAAGAGACACGAAGCAGUGUAGCAAGGCAGCUUAAUUUCGGUUCUUCUGUUAAAUUCGUUGGGGAUGAAAAUCAUGGUAAUGAUGCAGAACAUAUCUCGGAUGAAGAGACGUUAGUGGAAGCAGUUUAUAGAACCCUUUUAAAAGAGAUUGUUUCAAAGCAAAUAGAAGAACUUUUUGCUGAAAUUUCAGCUCUGGAUUCAGUCUCUGAUGGUUUUAAGACGCCCCCUUCUGCACCUCGCUUCAGUGGAGUUGCUGACACCUGCCCUGGCGCUCCUAUGAAGCCCACAAGGAAAUCAAGGAACAUUGACCAGGGUUUGUGCAGAAAGCUUGAAUUUUGAUCGUGGGCAAUGCCUGAAGUUUAGAGAUUGACGUUGAAGGACUUUUUGGGUGAGUUGCAGAGAAUUUGAGUUCGAUAACAGCACUGCUAACUACAUUUUGAUUCAUGUACAUCUCAAUUUAUUUGAAACAUUAACAUGUUUGCCUCCGAAUUAAGCAUAUGCUUGUGAUUCUGCAAGGAUAUGUCUUGGCUGGAACAGGUGUAACAUGCUUGUUCUGACCAAGUUUAUAAGAAAGUAUUAACAUUUUGUAGUAACUUUAGCAUGAACAAUUUGCAAAAUAGCAAGUGUUGUAAUCUUUUAAACGAUAAAUUGUGUACCUGUUCUCGCAAAUCAAUGAAUUCUGUCUUUCUUGUUA